ACAUUAUACUAUGCAGUAUGCGACACGCGACGUUCUACGACAGAUCGGAUAACCCAUAGAAAAUAUAUACCUGCCGCCACGAAUUCUAUUUUAUUUUCUGCAGUAGAUACUAUAGAUAGUGGUACCUGGUAAGGGGCCGGGUCAGGCAAGGACAGGCCAUGGCGGUACUGUAUGCGUAUAUUCUAUAUUCUGAUCUAGAAGCAGAAAAUACAAGUGUCUUUUCAAAUUUAUCUUAACAUAUCUAUCAAAUUCACAAAGAUGUGUAAUCGAUCUACAACUAUAGAUCAAAUUGUUAAAGAUCGAUUCAAUAUAAGACUAAUAGAAUCCAAGUGGGUCGAUAAAGUUGAAAAAUUAGUUUACGCUGCUCUUCAAAAAAAACACGAAGAUGGUCAAGAUUUAACUACUGUUAAGUUUGAAGAAUUAUACAAAGAAGUUGGUGCACGUGCUCGUGAUGCAUUACCAGUUGAAAUGGAAGUUGAGUUUCAUGACAAAAUGGAAAACUUUCUAUCAUCAAAUAUCGAUGGAAGUGAUAACCCUUAUAAUAUGAAUUUAUCAGAAUCUACUUCUUCUAGUGCAGCAGAUGUUGAUAUUCCUUCUACUGCUUCCUCUGCUAUGUUAGGUGAUAAUUUUGAUACUACUUUAGAUGUUACUAAUGAAAAAUUAAAACCUAAAUAAUAAUUUGUGUAUCGUAUUUCAAAAAUUUUGAAACUAAAUAAUUUAAUAAUUUAAACUCAUUUUUGGAACAUUUAAAAGUAAUAAUAUUUUAAUAUAUUUUAUAUUCGAAUUGGUAUCUAUUUUCUUUUAUUAUGUAAACAAGUUAAUUUUAUCAUUAUAAGUACCUACUAUAUCUGAAUUUUAUUUCCUACAUUCGUAAACUAAAUAAUAAGGUAUUUAUCAUAAAUUCAUAAAAAUGUUAAGUUACAUUUUUUAAGUGUGAUAAUUUAGAUUUAAUACCCAUAUAGUUUUAAUGCACUGUAAGUGUUACUGAUUUUUAUUAUGUUACAAUAUUAAUUACUAAUGUAUUAUGUAUACAAAUAAAUGUAUUUUGAAUUGAAUAAAAUAAUUAAAAUUAUACCUAACCUAACCUAGCUAUUAUUAGUAUAUUCAACACAUUAUGUUUCCAUUAUAUUUCUAAUAUAAUUUAUAUUUAAAAAAAAAUAAUUACACUUCUGAAAUUCUACAAAACAAUGACAUAGCAUUAAGCACUUUUGCAGAUGAUACAGAUUGUUGCCUCUUAUACAAACCAUGAAACAGCAUCAUUACUACUACAAAACCACUUUAAUCAACUUCUAGGUUGCUUCAUAAAGUGGAAAAUAAAAAUAAAUCAAAAUUGUCUCAUAUAACUUUUAUUCUACACCCCUAUGACUAUCCACCAAAUCUACUUCAAUGAUAGAUAUAAAUACCGACUGAACAGUCAAAUAUGCUUGUAGCAAUAAGCAUGUAUCUGGAUUCUGAGUAUAAAACUAACUUGGGAAACUCAUAUUAAAACAAAAAGGAAAUCAUUAAAUCAUAGAUUAUAUUAACUCCAUCCUCUAUUGGUAUCAAACCUUAUCAAUUCAAAAAUAAAAAGAUAUUAAUUAACAAACUAUUCCUCAUUCCUAAAGCUAUUUAUAGAAUUUACUUUUGGGGAGCAUCCAAAAAUCCAAUAUAAAAAAUCAACAAGCAUUUCUAUCAACAUUGCUUAAAACAUAAACCAAUGGAUAUCAUCCAUCUCUGACCAAGCCUCUAAUUUAUAUAAACCAUUUCAAAAAAAAAAACUGAAACAUCAUUUACAUCCCCUGAUUAAAAUCUAGAUCUUUUAGAUCUCAUUCUAACCUAAUAAAAAAAAACUUAUAAUGAUCUAUAUACUCAAGUAUAUAAGAGUACAAACUCUUAUUAGUACCUAAUUAAUGUCAUUUUUAUUUAUUAUAUUUAACUGUUGAGUGGUAUCAUAAAAUAUUUUCUCUCAUCAUGUGUAUUAUUUCAUGUCAAAAUUCUUAUAUUUAUCUAUUAUUUAUUUGUAUAUUAUAUAUAUUAUUUAAUAUAGAUUGUAAAAAAAAAUAAAAACUUAUUUUUAUCCUUA